CUUCACAAAUUGCAGUGGUUGCAGUUGCAAUUGCAAAGAGUGUAAUCGAUAAUGGGUAAGGUACAUGGAUCUCUAGCUCGUACCGGUAAGGUGAGGGGUCAAACGUCGAAGGUGGCAAAGCAGGACAAGAAGAAGAAGCCCAAAGGAAGGGCUCACAAGCGCAUGCAGUACAACAGGCGUUUCGUCACUACUGUUGUUGGUUUUGGAAAGAAGAGAGGACCUAACUCAUCAGAGAAGUAAACGCGUGAUAUGAGGAUUUCUUUGAAGUA